AUGUCUGACUUCGACUCGUAUGCCGCCGAUUCAGAGCUAGAAGACUUUGUGGUAGACGACGAGCCUCCUGUGGACAACCUGAACAACCCACAAAAUCCUCAAGAUGAAUCUAACGAAGCGUCCGAAACUCGCGACAGAAUUCGUGAUCUCACCACCGCACUUCAGCCCAAUGAAACUCCUACUCAAAAACUCCUAAAAGCCCAUAUUUCGGUAUUGGUGACAGCAUUGGGUGGCCCUGACCACGUGGGUAGUUUGAAAGAUUCGUCUUCUGAGUAUAAACUUGGCCACGACGCCUUGGCAUGCCUCAAAGAUAUCAAACGAUGGAUAAAAUCAGUAGACGAGAUCGGUCACAAGUACGACGUGGCGUUGGCUUGUGCUGACUGUGGGUUGGUGGAAAAUGACCUUACUGUCAUGUUGUGCCAAUGGGACUCGCAACAAAAGCACCUGAACACAUCCAAAAGAACCACUGAAAAAAUCAUGCUUUCGGCAUUGGAAAUCUUGGUGCUAUUGACCUGGCCCGUGGAAAUGUCAUCAGAAAUGUCUGAGAAUCAGCAGCUCAAUUUUGUGGCUGUUCGCAAGUCGCAAUUGGUCUACAAGAAACAUAUUCUUUCCUAUAAUAAUGGCCAGACUUUCAAAGCAGUUCUCCGUCUUGCUCUUCCAACCAUUUCCAAAGACACCAGCGACCGCGAGCCCCGCGAUAAUGCCAUUUUAGGCUUGGUGCUUUUCUUCAUUCGUAACAUGCUCUACAUUGAACCACCGUCGUUGUCCACUCUGUCCAAGUUAAGGAAAACAAUGAUGGAAAUCGACAAUUUGCCAGCCAACAUGCGCUACGACGACGUUUCCAUCAAUACCGUGCUCUCUUGCUUCAAACGCAAUAAGGUCCUCUUGUUCUUGCUAACAAUGUGUGGCUCGUUGGGCCUGGAUUUUGACCGUGAAACCUUUGCGCCGUGCUGCCUUGAAUGCAUCUUUCUCAUAGUACGCGGGGUAGAGGCUCGUGAUCUUGUCGACAACGUCCGUCCUGUUCCUGAAACUAACGAUGCUAAUGGUAACAAUUUGCCCACCCUCAGUUCCACGUCCGACAUGGCGCUUCAAGACCUCUUGAAAGAGGAAAAGCGCCGUAAAAAAGUUCAAUCUCAAAACAUCUCCACACGCCAUGGCCGGUUUGGCACUCUACUUUCUCUUCAAGGUGAAAAUAGCUCCUACGUGGUAUCUGGACAGGAAGCAUUGUCAAGUGCUAAUCAAACUUUUGCGCAACUUGACAAGUCAAAGAAAUGGAACGAUAGAAAGCAUUUCAAAUACGACUCCGAUGCGUUUGUCAAUACGACACCAAAUUUCAUUACGUCUACCACUAUACUGCUUCUAAAGGAGUUUAUAAACGAAUUUCUUGUCGGAGGUUGUUUCAACUCGUUGAUGUCUAGUGUGGGGUGGAUAUUCUCUGGCGCACUGGAUCUUUCAUACAUAAACGAGUACGAAAAAGCAUCAUAUUUUUUGACUACAGCAUGGUUUUUUGCCUAUAAAAGGGCCCGAAUAGAGAUUCUCAAAAACAGAAUUCUCAACGAGAACGAGGAUACGUUGGAUUACGGCUCCGUAGCGGCAGGAUUAAGUGAAGUCAACUUUGUGCUCAUUAUCGGUUAUGUUCGUGAGUCCUUCGAAAGACAUUACUGGGACUCUCUCCAUGUGGCGAUGAUAUGCUUUAGGGAAAUGUUGCUCAUAUCAAAUUCUGUUUUCGAGUCAAAGCACAAGGAUACUAAUUCGGAGCAAGAUGAGGAGGAUCGAGAUAUGGCAGAGGGAAUCAUUCGUAAAUUGUUUUCUUUGGAACAAUUUGUCAACUUGAUCACUCAUAUUCCACAGUCAGCUUCCAAGCAUUCACCAGAGUAUUUGAGUGUUUGUGUUUCUGUUGUCUACAUUCUUUUGAAAUCAUUCGAGAAUUUUUCAAAGGAAGACAUCAAGUUAUAUGUUCAGUCAAAGCGUAAGCAAAGGAGAAACGCAAAGAAUUUCAAAAAUGUGGAUUCUCUAGAGUUGAAAGAUAUUAUAGAAGGAUCUGACGAGGAGAUCGAUGAAGAAACAGUUAAACAAGUGUCUCGUGAAAGAAAGUUCGACUUCAACAAAACUGAAAUGAAGUUUUUUCAAUCAUCUAUAGUCACAGCACACAUCGACUUUUUGUCUCGCUAUGAAGACCUCACCCACGAGCAGAUCAAGCAAUGUUUGGUGUACUUCCACCGCUUGUUUAUUGUCCGAAAGGACUACCUGGGCCUCUUCCGUUUAGACUUUCUUCAUGUUUUGAACUCUUUAAGGGACUUUUUACCACGCAAGUCUAAUAUCAGAAAUCAUGUCGAAGAGUUCACAUUUCAUUUUAUGAAGCGAUUCAAAAAUCUUUUCCGUCGUUUCCCAAAUCCAGUGGAACUUUUGUUUCCACGGAUGGAAGAUGAGUCACUCAGGACUUAUUUGUCCUUGGGAGAAGUUGUUGAGAAACCCAUCAAGAAAGCCAAGGAGCGUGAAAUUCGUUAUGCCAAGGAGCUUGAAUUCACUCGUUCGAACUUUUCAGAGGAUGAAAAGUAUAAGAUUCUAGUCUCGGCGAUAUACUUUGAAGACAACGAGAAGUUUCUCUCCUGGCUUAUUGAAGAGUUGUCUCGAAUUGUAGAAAUUGCAGAGAAGGAUUCUGAAGCAUCAACAAUUAAGCUUCAAGUUCAAGGUGAAUACGAACCACUAGUUCUCGAAAACGCAACCGUUCGAUUCUUGUUGGAAAAUGUUGGCUUUGUUGUACCGGAAUCUUCUUCUGACGAGUGUACCUGUACCGUUGGCACAUCAGAAUUGACUCAAAGUCUUGAGUACAUCAAAAAAUGGUUAAGUGUUCAACCUGUGGCAUUUGAUGAAGAUAAGGAUGCGUCGCAUUACCUUCGCGUACGAGAUGACGCCAAUGAUGGUGAGUUCAAUAUUGGCUAUGACGAAAAUGAAGACGAGAUUGCGUUCGAGACAGCCCCAACAAACAGAUACAGAGAGGAUUUGGAAGCUCUUGAUAAUUUGGAAGAGUUGGAAGCAAGGAUUUCCAGUCUGAAUGGGGUGAAGGGUGUGGCCAGGAAAAAGCGUAGACCUAAAGGUAAGAUACUGGACACAAAGCAUAGGUCAAAACCUUCCAGUACACAUCGCAAACCAAGGAAUUUGGGAGUUCAUUCUGACGACGAAGAAGAUAAGCCUCUAAAAUCAGGAGAAUAUGUUCAUGAUUCUGACGAUGAAUCAGACAACGAAGAUGCUAGAGCGUUUUUCGAAAGGGAAGAAAAAUUGCGUCGCAUGCUUACUGAGUCGGGUGGUAUCGUCAACCCGCAGCAAUUGGAAGAGUUUAAGAGGGCCUGGGGAAAGAUAGUUGGCGGAGAAGCCGUGGACAAUGUUCUCAGCACACUAGGUCUACAAACGGGUGCGAGUCAAAGUUCACUUCCGCUUGCCUCUCAAUCCCAAGUUGAUUCUCAACCUCAAAUUGAUUCACAACCUCAAAUUGAUUCAGAAUUGCAGUCGCAAUCGCUCUCCCAAGUUGUUGAAGAUGGUCCCUCGGUGGAAAGCACACAAGAAAGCAGCAGCGAGGAGUUUUUGAGUGCGGACGAAGAGCUUCCCGCCAGAAAGAAGAGAAGAGUUAUCGACGAUAGCGACGAAGAAUGA